UUACAGUUCCCUGGCAGAUUACUUCACAGAACAAGGCCAAGGGGAGGAGAGCUCUGGGAGUGGGACCCCCAGAAGCCCCGCGCUCUGGGCUUCCAGGAUGGAGUUCUCGGAGCUGAUCCGUACUGGUCGGGCGGAGGCGCUCCUUCUGCCUGGUCCCGGGCAGUCCCCGGUGCGGGGCACCCUCUGUAUCACCAGCCACCACCUGCUGCUGUCCGCGGGGCACGGAACCCCUAACGACCUGUGGCUGCUGCUGCGCAACGUGGAUGCUGUGGAAAAGCGGGUGGCAGGAAACUCGGGCACCAUCACCCUGAAAUGUAAGGACCUGAACGUUCUGCAGCUGGAGAUCGAAGGCUUGGAGGAGACUCUGGACAUCGCUGGCUCCAUCGAGGCCUUGUCCUCGCUGGAAUCUGUCACCACUUCCUAUCCAUUCUUCUACAGGCCCCAGAGCCUGAGGCUGGGAGACGCCGAGUACCUGCAUCCCCCGGACCACUUCUAUCAGCAGGUGGCCCUGGAGACAAACGGCUGGCGCCUGAGCACAGUGAACAAGGACUUCUCCGUGUGCGCCAGCUACCCGCCAGCCUUGGUGGUGCCCCGAGACAUAGGGGACGAGGUUCUGGCACGAAGCGCCCGCUUUCGCCAAGGUGGCCGCUUCCCAGUGCUCUGCUACUAUCAUAGUAUCAACGGAACAGUGAUGCUCCGCUCCAGCCAGCCCCUGCAGGGGGCCAAUCGGCGACGCUGUGCGGAGGACGAGCGGCUGCUGAAGGCAGCUCUGGCCCUGGGCGGAGGGUGGGGCUUAGUACUGGACACCCGCUCGGCUCAGGCGGUCAAGCAGGCCCGGAUAACCGGGGGCGGCACGGAGGCCAAGGCCGCCUACCCCGGCUGGAAGCGGCUGCACCGGCCCCUAGAGAGGGGUCGGCCCCUGCAGGACAGUUUUGUGCGUCUGGUAGAGGCCUGUACAGACCCCUCACUGAACAUGGAUCGAUGGCUCAGCCGGCUAGAUGGCUGUCGGUGGUUGACAUAUGUUAAGGAAGCACUGACUACUGCCUGCGUGGCAGCCCAGGGCAUGGAUAGGGAAGGGAUCUGUAUCCUGGUACAUGGAGCUGAGGGCACAGAUGCCACCCUCCUUGUGACCUCACUGACACAGCUCAUCCUGGAUCCCAAGUGCCGAACAAUGCGUGGCUUCCAAAGCCUGCUGGAACGGGAAUGGAUCCAGGCUGGCCACCCUUUUCAGCUGCGCUGUGCCCACUCGGCCUAUGCCCAGGGCCGCCCCAAGCAUGAGGCACCCAUCUUCCUGCUCUUCCUGGACUGUGUGUGGCAGCUGAGCCGUCAGUUCCCGCUAUCCCUGGAGUUUGGGGAAGGGACGCUGCUGGCCUUGUUUGAGCAUGCUUAUGCCUCGCCCUUUGGCACCUUCCUCUGCAACAGCGAGAAGGAGAGGUACCUGUGUGAAGUGAAGACAAAGACCCACUCCCUGUGGUCCAGUCUGAACCAAUCCAAAGAGCGAAAGAGACUCUGUAACCCAAUGUAUUCGCCCAAUCCGUUGGCCUUGUGGCCCUCGGUGGAGCCCCAGAGCCUUCAGCUGUGGCCAGGUCUUUUCCUACGCCGGACUCGACCACCUGAGCCUGCCCAAGAGGCAUGGGAACAGCUUUGGAAAAUAGUGACAGAGGAAGAGGAGGUGGACAGCCUGUGAAGUUUCCAGUCUUGGGGAGGGGAUUUUGCUCCAAAUCCCCACAUCCGGUCUUUGCUUCAGGCUUGCCAGCCCCCAGGGUCCCUGGCUGGCUGCCUGAAACAAUGAAAGGCUAGGUAGGCAUGGAUUCCAGCAGCUCCAAGGUUCAGUUGCAGGUACUUCCAAGGCCUUGAAGUAGAAGAACAAGCUGACAAUAAAUGGACCUGUGCUUGUC